AAGAGUGUUCACGGUCUAUAUUUCAAUUCGUUCCAAGUUAUCUGAGCCGCUAUUGCUUAAAGGUCGCGAAGCGAAACACGUUCACAUUUAACGUAGCAUGCUCCUCAUCGUGCGACCAUUCUGGAAGUUAUAUCCAUGAACAUACGAAUAUAGUUGUAGCAUCUAUCACCAUAUUACUUCGAAAAUCUCCCGCGCAUGCAUUUUCUUCCUAUGAUACCCGUUAUAAGAAACUGACUACUCCUUGGUGUCAAGUCUGUACGAAUUGGUACAGGUUGUGUACGACCGUGGACAUAACCUUAACAAUUUAAGAAACGUUUACGGUUUAAUUGUGAUAUAAUGUUCUGUGUCAUAUAAUUUUAUUACACUGUUUCCCUUUUAAUUGGCAUAAUAUAUUCACUGGAAGAAAUGUUACCGACUAAGCAGUGCAUUUCGUUUGCAAUGAUGCAAAGAAGUUCGUUGAUCAGAUCGUGUUUAUCUAGCAGGUUGCUAAAAUCGAGUACAUGUUUAGCGAUUGCCACUAGACGAAAGAAAAAUACCAGCAAUCCUUCCGUGUCGUCGCUCUUUCAGUCGGUGCCUAUUAAAGCUAAUCCAGAUGAUAUUAAUGUUGGAGCAGAACUCUGUGGGACCUUCCAAAAGUCAGAUUUGUUAAAAUUACUCGUCUUAUUCUCACAGCAAAAGGAAGUAAAGUCAUUAGCAUUGGAAAUGGGUCUAGAUAAUUCUCUCUAUCAAGAAGCUUUUCUCAGCUUUCGACGUUACUGUUUGGAAACGGAAUCUUUACCGGUAGAUCUUCAUGUCGUAAUAAGUGACAUAUUACAAGGUGCUGGACAUAUUGCCGAUUUAUUUCCAUAUUUUCUGAGACACGCCAAACAAAUAUUUCCACACAUUGAAUGUAUAGAUGAUUUAAAACAAAUUAGUGACUUGCGGAGUCCAGCAAAUUGGUAUCCAAUAGCCAGAGCAAAGACCAGAAAAAUCAUAUUCCACGCAGGUCCAACAAAUAGUGGCAAAACGUAUCAUGCUCUUGAACGACUAAUGCAAGCAAAAAGUGGCAUGUACUGUGGCCCUUUGAAACUAUUAGCAACAGAAGUUUUCCAAAAAUGUAAUGCUCAGGGAACUCCUUGUGACUUGAUAACUGGUGAAGAACGUAACUUUGUUAAUGGAGAACAAACGCCUACAAAUCACCUGUCCUGCACCGUUGAAAUGGCCAGUGUAAAUACCGAGUGUGAAGUAGCCGUAAUUGAUGAAAUUCAACUAAUGCGAGAUCCUGGUCGUGGCUGGGCUUGGACCAGAGCUCUGCUUGGAAUUCCUGCGGACGAGAUUCACGUGUGUGGAGAGUCUGCAGCAAUAGACUUAGUACGUUCCGUGUGUCUAACAGCGGGUGAAGAUGUAGAAGUUCGCAACUACAAGAGACUGACGGACUUGACAGUCGAAGACGCCCCUCUCCUUUCUUUGAAGCAUGUACGUCCUGGUGAUUGCAUAGUGUGCUUCAGCAAAAAUGAUAUUUACGCAGUGUCGCGUGAAUUAGAAGCCAACGGAAUAGAAAUUGCGGUGAUCUAUGGUAGUUUACCGCCAAACACCAAAUUGGCUCAAGCUUCAAAGUUCAACGACAUCCAUAAUUCCUGCAACGUAUUAGUGGCAACGGAUGCUAUUGGAAUGGGAUUAAAUUUGCACAUACGGAGGAUUAUUUUUUACUCUUUAAUUAAACCUACUGUUAAUGACAAAGGAGAUAAGGAAAUGGAUACGAUAUCUGUGUCAUCAGCUUUGCAGAUCGCUGGCCGGGCUGGUCGGUAUGGAACCCAAUGGGAAAAUGGCUAUGUAACAACAUUUAAGGGACAAGACUUGACAACGUUAAGACAUUUGCUUAGUCAAACACCUGAAUCUUUGACAAAGGCUGGAUUGCACCCAACGGCUGAUCAGAUAGAAUUAUACGCUUAUCAUUUGCCAAAGUCUACCUUGUCGAAUCUAAUGGAUAUCUUUGUUUCACUGUGCAAAGUGGACGAUUCAUUGUACUUUAUGUGCAAUAUAGAGGACUUUAAAUUUUUAGCUGAUAUGAUACAACAUGUCCCUCUUCCACUGCGGGCUAGAUACGUUUUCUGUUGUGCUCCUAUUAAUAGACGAAUGCCUUUUGUAUGCACAAUGUUUCUGAAGUUCACACGACAAUACAGCAAAAACGAGCCAAUCACGUUUCACUAUCUAUGCCAACACAUUGGGUGGCCAUUCGCGUCGCCUAAGACGAUACUGGAUCUGGUCCACUUAGAGGCUGUCUUCGAUGUAUUGGACAUAUACCUUUGGUUAAGUUAUCGAUUCAUGGAUCUGUUCCCCGAUGCCGAAAUGGUCAGAGACAUGCAGAAAGAACUGGAUGCUUUAAUACAAAAUUGUAUAAUCCAACUGACGAGAUUGCUCCAACGUUCCGAAACAGGUGUCAGCAGUGGUGUAGCUGCAGUUUCUGAUGAGGACAACUUUGAACAGCACACGAGAAAGCAAUCAUACUUCCGAGGACAAGAAUCUAACACAGUAGGCAAUGGUAAGCUGACAGAGAGAUUAUUGGCCCAAGGCUUACUCACACCAAAUAUGCUCCAAGAACUGCGGCGAGAAUGGGUCGAAGUAAGUAUACAUAGAAUUAAAGUAUUAACUUACAAACGCAUACAUUUACGACAUUCUACAGAAUUAUGGAUUAAUAUUUGUAGGGCAAUCACGGGGAGUCAAAGUUUACGAAAAAGCCAAGGAGAAUUUUCAAGCCAAAAUAAAUGUAAUUGGAAAAUAACAGUGUAGUAAUUGA